CAUGUGUGGACGUCAGAACAUUUUGUUUUUGGUGUCGUGGUAUCGGUGUGUUUUUCAAUAACUCUACCAUUUUAUUGUGAAAUUAUCAUAAAAUUACAUAAAUAAUGAAAUCCAAGAAGCGUCAUCACACAUCCUCUGAGGAUUCUGAGGAAUCUGAUGCAAGUGAAAAUAGCAGUUCUUCGGGUAGCGAGAGUGAUGAUUCUUCAGUGUCGGAACACCGCUACAACAAAAAGAAAAAGAAACGUGCUGAUUCUAGUGAAUCGGAGAGCGAUUCUGAAGACCAGAAACGCUCAAAGAAACGGAAGCAUAAGAAAAAGAAGAAGAAGCACAGUAAGAAAAAGAGGCGUUCAGACUCAGUGGAAGAAAGCGGAUCGGGCGCCGAAGAUGUGUCUUCAGUUAGUGAAGGUGAAAUAUCUUCCAAGAAGAAACGAAAACAUAAACGCAAACAUAAAAGACCACGCAGCACUUCCGCCGAUGCACAAGAUGAACAAACACAGCGCCGUUUGCAUAGUGUCGUUAAAGAACGUCGUGAGUCUUCAGAAGAAGCAAAUCCCCCAAUACGGUCAUAUUAUAACCAGAAAGAAUACCAAAGAUCAGUGUCUCCUGAAGAUUAUGAAAGAGAACGUGAAGUACAACGUUUUUACCGAGGAUCCAGCAAGGAAAGGAGGCAACAAUAUCAAGAGCAGUACCAACAAUAUGACAGGGACCACAAUGACAGAUAUACACAAUAUCAUCAAGACAAAAAUGAUAGAUAUAGAGAGAAAUUUGGCCAAAGCUCCCAAUAUCAUGAUCCUAAUGAAGAACAUAAUAGACGGCAAAGGGAUUAUGACUAUAAAAGGAAUCACAGAUAUGAAGACCAUAGGUCUCCUAAAGAAGAAUAUCAAAGGAGACCCAGAGAACAUGAGGAGCGCUUCCAUCCAAGGGAUGAUUCUAGAGGGUUAAACCGUUUCAAUCAGUUUGAAGAGCGCGGAGGCCCAAAAAGGAGGGAGUAUGAAGAUAGAAGAGAUUAUCGUGAAAGGCGAGGUCCACCGGACAACGACCGCUACCGUGAGAGGGACUAUCCGGACAGGAAGGAGAGGUUCCAUGAAGAUGGAUUUGUUCCUGAAAGGACACGUGAAGUUCGUCGUGAGAAGGUGAUGGGAACAGCUGGCAGACCCGACAAGCCUGCGUCGCACAGGGAUCGUUCCAGAUCACGAAGUCAAGAAGAUCGUUUUAAGGAUCGCGGGCGCCGAUCAGAAAGACCAGACGCGAGAGAAGAUAGGUUCAGAGAUGGCCGUGCUGACGAGAGAAGAGAUGGUCGCGGUGACGAAAGGCGGGAUGGCCGAGGAGACGAGAGAAGAGACGGUCGGGGUGAAGACAGAAGAGAUGGACGCGGAGAAGAAAGAAGGGACGCGCGGCCUGAAGAACGGAGAGACCGAGGUGAUGACAGGAGAGACCGGCCUGGGAGAAAUGAAGAUCGGAAUGCCGACCGUGGCCGACCUCCAAUCAAAACAGAGCCCAAAUCACGUGAUCGCAAAUCCAGAUUCGCCGAUGCGGAUGACAAGGAAUACGACUGGGGUAAAGCAGAGGUUAAGAAUGAGGAUGGCAAGACUUCAGCAGAUAAGGAAAAGCCUAACUUUGGUUUGUCUGGUAAACUGACCGCCGACGCCAAUACGGUCAAUGGAGUUGUGAUCAAGUACACCGAGCCUGAUGAUGCUAAGCAGCCUAAGAGGAGAUGGAGAUUCUAUCCCUUCAAAGGAGAUAAAGCAUUGCCUAUCCUGUACAUACAUCGUCAGUCAGCGUUCCUGAUCGGGCGAGACAAGAAAGUGGUGGACAUCGCAUUGGAGCACCCUUCCAUUAGCAAGCAACACGCCGCGCUACAGUACCGCGCCACGCCAUUCACGAGACCCGACGGCACGCAAGGACGCAGGGUUAGACCAUACGUCAUAGAUUUAGAGUCUGCAAACGGUACUUUCGUAAAUAAUAAGAAAAUCGAAGCCCGUCGGUAUGUGGAACUACUUGAGCGCGACGUAGUGAAGUUUGGGUUCUCCCAGAGGGAGUACGUGCUUCUACACGAGAACAGCAAGGACGACGCACAGGACGACGACCACCACGACCCUCCCGCUAUUGGUGGCAAUGUCACCACCACCGAACAGUUGAAACACGAGAAACGGAUGAAGCAAGAAAUUGCCGAAGACGGCGAAUAGAUAAGUCUAGUUAUGUAUUACUACAUAGAAGUUAUAUAGUUAAGUAGUUAAGAAAGUUAUAUUUUAUUUUUAUUAAAUUAGAUAAAAUUUCGUUUGUAGUUUUAAUCUCUGCGAAAGCAAUAUUUUUUCGAGGAUAUUGACAUCUUAAUGUUAUUGACUACCUCGAUUUAUUCACAGAAUUAGCAAUGUAAUAUAAUUUUGUCUUACUUUAACCGUGUAACGCGUCUGUCUUAUUCUUUCUUUCUAAAUAAUCAUUGUGUUUUCCAAACUAUACAAAAUAUCAAUGAUAUAUAUACUUAGUAUAUAAUACUUGGAUUUAGUAUCAGCAUAAUAAUUAUACUAUUUAUUACAUGUUAUUUAAAUUCGUCAUUAACUACCACACUUGUCAAAAGAAAUACAGAUUUAUGGCGAUCGGGCGUCACCGUUUGAUACAUAGUUUUCUUUAACGAUGGAUUCAAGUAGUUUGUUAUUGUGCUGAGUUUAAAGCUCCAAGUUUGUGAUCUAUCCUAAAGUUACAGAGAAAAUGAGCGUAAAUGAAGCAAGGGGGCAAUAACGUUGUGAGACUUAAUAGUUAUUUAGCUAAUUUUUAAGUAAGUGGGUGAGCCUUUUUGGUAAUGUAUAUUACCUUAUUUGCUUUUUGUUUAUACAGCAAAUAAUUAUAUGCAAGGGAACAUAUAUUAUGCAUUGUACAUUUCGAUAUACCGUUGUUAUGUAAUUAGUCAACUAAAAAGUACAUUGCAUUUUAGUGCACUACACAUACCAAAAUCUAUAACACACUUAGAUACUACAUUUUUGUAGAAUUUAUCUAAAUCUAUUUCAAUUAUUUGAAAUCCACUUUUGUUUCGAAGUAAAACUAACUUAAGCUAAAAAUUUGUUUGUAUUGUAUAUCAAAUAAAAAUAUUAAUAGGUA